CUAUAAUUUUGUUGGCAGGUGAAUUUCUGGUGGAAGAUAUUCGAAGAGGAAUAACAAACCACAAAGAAGAAAAAUGAAACUUCUGUGAGUGUUGAAUUCUAUUUAAUCGGGCUAUCAUGAUUUUUAAUAGAAGUAACUGUUUAUUCAAACAACUAUUGAUGAAUGGGCUUAGGAAUCGGAUCAAACAAAUCCCGCAGACUAUUAGUUAUUCGCGUUUGUGUUGUGAGAUGCAGGCCUUACAAAAUCAUUUCUCGAGUAAAACUUUCUCGUCUUAUCUUGUGAUUCGGAGUCCGAGUAAUUCAAACCUGAGAACUAUGUCUUCAAACAGAGUAUAUGAUGGUUCAGAUCAAGUUAAUACGUUAGACGAUAGUAAAGAUGCAGUAAACAGGUUUGAUGAGCUCUUUGAUGAUCUCUUUGUAGAGAAAGGGAUAGAACAAAAAGCGAUGGGAUAUAAUAUAUUUGUUAUACAACCGUAUAUCAAGUGGGGGGCCUCAAAAAAGCAGCUUACUACACCUGCAAACCAGCUGAACGAAUCAGUAGCGCUUAUUGAUACUCUGAAAGAUUGGGCAGUGGUCGGUACGGAAAUAGUUCCUUUAACUACUACAAAAAGCCCUCAAGUUUUUGGAAAAGGGAAAUUGGAGGCGCUGACUAAAAUAAUCAAAUCUGAUGAGAGUAUAACAGCUGUUUUUAUUAGUUUAAAUGUGCUAUCAAAAGUCCAACAAGAUUUUUUGGAAGAAACUUUUGGUUUGCCGGUUUUUGAUAGGUACUCAGUGGUGAUGAGGAUUUUCCGUGAGCAUGCUGUUACCAAAGAAGCCAAACUCCAAGUGGCCAUGGCAGAAAUUCCUCAAUUGUGGAGGAACUUAUCUUUGGAUAAGUAUCGGGCAAGAGGUGGAGAUUCGGAUGGAAGCUCCGGGGAGACUUUGUACGAGAUCAGGAAGAAUAUCAUUAAAGAACGUGAGGGCAGGCUGAGAGCAGAAUUGAAAAGUUUGAAGAAACAUCGUGAUUUGAUAAGAAGCAAAAGAAAGAAACGACAGUUCCCAACCAUUGCUGUUGUUGGAUACACUAAUGCUGGAAAGACGUCCCUUAUUAAAGCGCUCACACUAGAGCAACAGAUGCAACCAAAAAAUGAACUAUUUGCUACCCUUGAUGUAACAUGUCAUCUUGGUGUUCUACCUUCCAACAUCAAAGUUCUCUACAUUGACACGAUAGGUUUCAUUUCAGACAUACCAACCAUGCUAAUUGAGCCUUUCAUUGUUACGUUGGAAGAUGCACUAGAAGCUGACUUGAUUGUGCAUGUAAUCGAUGUGAGUAAUCCAGAUUAUGUGGCCCAAGCAGCCCAUGUUGAUGACACCUUGAAACAACUGAAUGUAGAUCAAAGUCUAGUGAAAAAUAUAAUCGUAGUAGCCAACAAAGUUGACUUACUAACAAAAAAACAGCUGCAAACUCUAGAAGGUAAUGGGAUGUUGCAAAUAUCGUGCGCAAAUAACAGUGGGCUAUCUCAGUUACGGGAUGAAGUGCAACGAAUUCUAUUGAAUGUAACAGAUCGAGUGAAGAUUAGAAUACGUGUAGCGAAUGGCGGACCUGAGUUCUCGUGGCUCUAUAAGGAGUCAUCAGUCGUCGAUGUUGUAAUGGAUGAAAACAACGGCCAAUUCAUCUUUAUGGACGUUAUAGUCACCAAAACAAAUUUGGAGAGGUUCAAGUUCGAAUUCAUUAUGAAAAAGAAACGUGAGCGAUUAAAAAGCUACAAAGACUAACUGCUUGUGCUCUCGUUCAAAAAUGUCAUUUACAUUCAUAUUUUCUGUAAAAUUGGAAACAUUUUUAUUAGAUCAUUUUUUUAUUCUUGAUCCAUCUUCUUCUUACUGUUGAUUAUAGUAAACAAUCAAGAGUAAAUAGUAAAAAAACAAUUUGUGUUAUUUGAGUUAUGUAACUUAACUGGAAUAUAUUUUUCUUAAAUUGAUAUGUAUUCUGAAAAAUCAAGAUCCUAUAUCAUCAGUUAAUAAAAAUACCUUGAAGAAUUUAUCUUCAAAAUUCAAAGGUUUUACUACCAAUUCUCAAAUGACCUACUCCAAAGAUUUCAAUAUUAGACGCUCAUUCUGUUCUAAAUUCUAAACAAUUCAUUUUUUCACACAAAAAAUUUUCUAAUAUCUAAACAAUUCAAAUAGUGAUUAACCUAGACAAACACUAAAAACAAAUUUUUAUGCAGAAAUAAUCCUGCAUAUUUCAAAAAGUAAAAAUUAUAAAAAACAAUUUCUCCUUAGAAAUUCCUGUAUUUUUGAAAA